AUUUCAAUUGGUAUAUACAUAGGUGGCUUUUCACCUUCUCUCCAUACAAAUCAGGUCGUGUCAGUAGAAAGAGGAGAAAAAUUGAAUUUUGUUUUGUUCUCAUAUUUGGAAAAUGAAUGAAAAUCGUGAAUUUUGCGCCGUAUGCCUGUCUCUCCAGCGGCAUAAAGUGAGCACUGCUUGUCGACAUUCGUUCUGUAAGCAGUGCAUCAAGGAGGUCUACAAUGUGUGUCCAGCCAGAGUAUGUCCCCUGUGCCGUGCUCCACUGCAAUAUUAUAUUCGCCAACGUCGAUCAGGAGUUAAGAUUGUGUUUUUUUCUUAAGCAUAAGAAAAAGCAAUUAAUUGCAUACUAAACCUUAUUAUUCUACAAAUGUUAAA